CACACACACACACACACACACUCCUGUCGCUGGUGAGGUGAUGUCGGGCUCCUGAUGACAGAAGGUAAGACAAACUCACACAGACACUCAAAAUGCAGAAGGAAGCUGACCGGAAAGAUGUUGCUCGUGAAGAAACGGCAGUUCUUGACAAAGCGCUUCUGCGCUGCACGUGACACUCGUGACUCGACGCGAGUUUUUGUGGCGGUGUCCCUGUGAGUAAACGAGUAAAUGCUGAAUGAGAAGCAAAUAAGAGCGUUUCCUCUGUAAUUCAGCAGAUUCGAGUGGAUUUAGUUCCCGCUUUACAUUCAUACAGACUGGACUUGCUCAUUUAAAGAGACAGUCACUCAAAAACGACCUUUCUGGGGCCUCGUGUUACUCAAACAAACCCGAACUGACGGGAAAACUUACCUGUUUUACGAGGUGAAAUCCGUAAGAUGUUAACUGUACCAAAACAUACGAUUAUAGGGAAAAAAAGUUAGCGACGUAAACGACUUCAUACGAAAUGGACAUCAAUUUGCCCAAAUGUGGAAUAUUUAUUAAUUUCCACUGUGUUGCAACCACUGCUCUGUGGAAAACAAAGGAAGAUGUUUUGAGAAAUGACAUCAGAAUGUCCCAGCGUCACUCCUGUGUGACGUUUCAUCAUGUGAUCGGCAAGGCGGCGGUGAAGGGGCGGUGCUACCACGGCCUGUCAAUCACACGCAGCGUCCAGGACAACCAGUUCUGUGCUGUCAAUCCACGCUUCAUCGCCGUAGUGACCGAGUGUACAGGAGGCGGGGCCUUCGUUGUCAUUUCAGUCCGUCAUACGGGCCGUGUGAGUCCUCUGCACGCUCGGGUCUGCGGUCACAGCGCUCCGGUGCUGGACGUCAAGUGGGACCCGUUUAACGACCUGCGCGUCGCGUCCUGUUCGGAGGACUGUACGGUGAAGGUGUGGGACAUUCCUCCAAAUGGACUGAAGGCGGAUCUGAAGACGCCCAGUAAAGAUCUGAGCGCUCACAGCCGCAGGGUGUCAAUCAUCGAGUGGCAUCCAACCGCCAGAGACCUGCUGCUGAGCUCCGCCUACGACUGCAGAGUGCUGGUGUGGCGUUUGGACUGCGCUGAGGUGCCGGUGUGUGUGAUAAACACACACUCUGAGCUGGUGCUGUGUUUGAGUUUUAAUGCGGAUGGAAGUUUGUUGGCCGCCGCCUGCAAAGACAAAAAGAUCAGAAUCAUCGAGCCGCGGACGGGACGAGUCCUGCAGGAGUUCGGCUGUCGCUCUCAUAAAGUGUCCAGGGUUUUGUUCCUGUGGGAUCUGAAGAUGUUGGUGUCCACAGGAAGCUCCUGCUGGAACCAGAGACAGUUUGUCCUGUGGGAUCUGGAGGAUCUGUCUGAGCCGUUACUGGAGGAGGAUCUGGAUGGAGGAUCUGGGGUCAUUUUCCCGUUUUAUGAUGCUGACACACACAUGCUGUAUCUGGCUGGAAAGGGAGACGCCAACAUUCGCUAUUACGCGGUCAGUGCGGUGAAACCCUACGUUCACUUCCUGUCUGAAUACCGCUCGCCGUGUCCUCAGAGAGGCUUGGGUGUGAUGCCCAAACGCGGCCUGAACACCAGCGCGUGCGAGAUCUUCAGAUUCUACCGGCUGCUGGCCGUCAAAGACCUGCUGGAGCCGCUCAGCUUCUGCGUGCCGCGCAAGCAGUCUGAGGGUUUUCAAGAGGAUAUUUAUCCCAUGACCGCAGCCAAUGAGCCGGCCAUGACCCCGGAUGAGUGGCUGAUGGGACAGAAUAAGGGGCCGCUGCUGAUGUCUCUGAGACCCGCGGCUGAAGCGCUCGGCACCUGCCCGAGUGAAACGGAGACAGCAGCCGAUCAGGACGCAGAACAGCCUCCUGACAUCAUCGCUGACCUGCAGGACUGGACGGAGGACGACACGCAAAGCCACGACUGGAUCUCGUCACGCUUCGGUCUGAGCCGCGGCAAAGCCCCCGCGCCGGAGACGGAGGUGCCGCUCCGCCAGCAGGAGGAGAUUCAGCACCUGCAGGAGCAGCUCAAGCAGAGAGACGAGAGAAUCCGACAGCUGGAGCUGGAGCUGAUGAACACACGCAAACACAUGAGAGCGUCCUUCUGACGACAGCCAAUCACAGAGGAGAACAUUAUAAUGAUGCGUAAACAUCGAGUCUUUUUCAGAAGGAACGAGUGUGUGUAAAUACGAUUCAUGUUGAUUCUUACGGGUUUCCAGAGAUUUAUUUUGAGCCGAAUUAUUCCCGUUCACGACAAAAGACGAUAAUUAUAACCGGACAAGUUGUGCUCACCACAGCUACACAGAGGAUUGGAGGAAUCACUUUCAGAGUGAUGAACGCUAAAAACACUGUCAGCCAAUCAGAAUCCAUCCUGCUUUCAAGAGAGCGAACAUUUAAAGUCGCAGGCGACAAAACCUUAGUGCUAAUAAUAAACAGAACAGUACUGAUGUGUUGAAGUGGACGCUGGUAUAGUUAUCGUUGUUGGUGUGAACGGGCCUUUAACCCUCUUACACAAAGGUCCUUGGAGGACAAACAUGUCUGUGUCUAAAAACAGUCAUUAAAAUAUUCA